AUGAGUCAUAACUUGGGUUAUAUGGAGUAUAAUAAAGGAAAUACAGGUUAUAAUUCAGGUGAAAAUUACCCAUCAAUGGAUCAAUAUAACUAUGGUCAAGGUAAUAUGGGUAAUAUGGGUAAUAUGGGACAACAAUAUCAACCACCACAACAACAACAACAACCACCACAACAACAACAACAACAUAAUAGCGGAUUUGGUUUCCCAUCACCAACACUUUAUAAUAUGAACGCACAACAACAACAACAACAACAACAACAACACCAACAACAACAACAUCAUAAUCAACAAACAUCACCAAUGUAUGGUAAUAAUGGUGGUUUCAAUCAAUUUAAUAAUAAUGAUAAUUCACACUAUUCACCACCACAACAAGGUGAUAUGUCAAGACAAUUCAUUUCACAAAUUAGCGAUAACCCAUUAACACAAGCAGGUUUAACUUAUGGGUUAAAUUAUGGUCAAACCUUAUUUUCAGGUGGUAAACAAUAUGUAGAUUCAAAUUUUGGAAAAUAUUUUUCAUUUUCAACAUUAAAAUCAUAUUUCAAUGUAAACAAUUCAUAUGUAUUUAAUAAAAUAAAAUUAUUGAUUUUCCCAUAUACUCAAAAGACAUGGAAGAGAAGAAUUGGUAGAACAAGUGAUGUUGAUAGUUAUCUUCCACCAAGAGAUGAUAUUAAUGCACCAGAUUUAUAUAUUCCUUUGAUGGCAUUCAUCACUUACUUUUUAUUGUAUGGUUUUCAAAUGGGUAUGGAAAAGAAAUUCUCUCCAGAUUAUUUAGGUGCUUGUAUCACUAAAGGUAUAGUUUUUUGGGCAAUCGAAUUAUUGAUCUUCAAAUGUGGUUUCUUUUUUUCAAAUUCAAAUUCAAUUCCAUUCUAUGAUAUGAUAUCUUAUUCUGGUUAUAAAUAUGUUUUAAUGGUUAUAUUCCAAAUUGCAACAAUUUUACUUGGUAGUUAUGUAUCAUACAUUAUAAAAUGUGUAUUAUCAGUAUCAAUUGCAUUUUUCAUGUUAAAAACAUUAAGAUUAGUUUUCUCCUCAGUUUCUGGUGCUCAUGACCACAUCUCACCAGAUUAUCAUGAAUCAGGUAAAAUAAAAAAUUACUUUGUAUUUGGUUUUUCAGUUGCUCAAGCUUUAUUAUGUUUUUUAGUUUAA